GUAGAGGUGCCAGUCGGACGAGACCCAGAUCGUUUUAGACUAUAUGAAACAACCAUACAACUAACAAACAAACGGACAGUCAAGUUUCUCUUUUCUUUGGUGAACGGUUUAAGAUUGUUUGUCAACAACACGGCCAAAAACAGACGUCGUUUAGCGUUUGUUGAAGACACCAUCUGAGAGGUGGUGGGAGUGAUCAUGAAGUCCACUCCUUCUCCUCCACCAGCAUUUGUUAGUGACCGAGACCUGACUGAGAUUGAGCUCCAUUCAGUGGAGUCUAUCAGUGAUCUGCAUCGCACAAACACUGAGCAGCACUCUAAAGGUGUUCUACCACCCCGUCCACCACCUCCCUCCACCAAUGGGACCCUCCAGAUGCAAGACAGGAUAGUUGUUUAUCAAACUGGGCAAAGUGCUGGAAGGCCCUGUGUGAGCAGACUGAAAGACAUUUGCACUUCCACUAGGUGGCACUAUUUUUUAGCAUGUGCAGCCAUCAUCGUAUUCCUCCUGACGCUCAUUCUAAUCUUCGCUUUUUUAGUCCAUCAGAGCAAUGCUUUACAAACGCUCUUGGAGGUGAUGAAACAGCAACAGAAAACGUUUGAGGAAAUUUCCCAAUUUUUACAAGGGCCACAAAAGCUGCGCUUCAACCUCACCGUAGUGCCCGAUGAGCAGCGACCAUGACAACGUA